AUGCCCCAAGCGAACCGACUUGUUGCAUUCUUCAAACAAUCAUUACCAUCCAUAUCAACCAGCGUUAAUGCAUUUCCAGCUCACCACUAUGCUGCUAUGUCAGAUAAAACUAACCUAAAUGAUGGAACUUCAGUUUCUAGACAAGAUAUUCAAGGAAAAAAUAUGUUUAGUUCAGUUGCUCCUGGUAUUAAUAGCGGGCUAAAUAUGGAGAACUUGCAGCAAAUGAAUUCUGAGCAAAGAGAUGUACCAAUGGAAGAUUUUCACGCGAGGCAAGAACUGGCUGGAUCUUCCGAGACUUCACAAGACAAGUUGAUAGUGCAGGCUCCUCCAUAUAAUGUGGCUACACUAGAUCCAACUGAAGAAAAAAUUUUGUUUGGUUCUGAUGACAACCCUUGGGAUGGAUUUGGCAGGAAUUCUGCUUUAAAUAUGCUGGAUGGUUCAGAUAGUUUUAGUGGAUUUCCUUCUCUUCAGAGUGGGAGUUGGAGUGCACUGAUGCAGUCUGCUGUAGCUGAAACUUCUAGUAGUGAAGUGGCCCCCAAUAUAAACUCAAGGCCUUUAAUUCGUCAAGAUGAUCUUAGCAGGCCCAUUUCUACUGUAAACUUUUCUGGUCUUCCUGGAUUUCAUCAGCCAGGUGCUGAUACUGCACAAGAAUCAAAUGCUACUGGUUACAGCCUGAAUCAAUUAUUCAAAAAAAAUGCAUCCCUGCACUAA